GUACUCGAACCCUCACUUAGCAGUUAAUUUCUCUAUCUCCCAACUACAAUGACUCCACCAGAGCGUCCACAUAUCGUAUUUGGCACCGCGGCCUUUGGCAUCGGAUCACCGCUGGCCAAAAUCCAAGAUGAGAACUCUGCAGCCCCAAUCAUCGCUCUUCUCAGGGCUAGACAAGUGACUGACUUGGAUACGGCUCGUCAAUAUCCCGUGGGAUCCCCAGGUACAGCAGAGGCACUCCUCGGCGACCUGCGAGUGGCAACUUGGGCGACUGUCUCCACCAAAGUUCAUUCCUGGGAGCCAGGUUCCCACCGUGCAGAACGGAUCGCAAAAAGUGUGGCGGACUCUCUUGCGGCUUUGAAGACGGACAAAGUGAAUAUCAUGUAUCUGCAUUCGCCGGACCGCAGUACACCGCUAGAGGAAACAUGCAGGGCCAUGGAUGCCGAAUACCGAGAGGGAAGGUUUGCUCGCUUUGGACUUAGUAACUACAGGGCAGACGAGGUGGCGGAAAUCCUCAUGAUAUGCGAAAAGCACGGCUUCGUCAAGCCUACCGUGUAUCAAGGUCGAUAUAAUGCCAUCAUCCGAUCUGGAGAAACUCAUUUGUUUCCCCUCCUCAGACGUCAUGGAAUCAGUUUCUAUGCAUAUAGUCCCGCCGCGGUUGGUUUAUUCACGGGAAGGGCGUCACAGGACCUUAGUCAACUUGCGGGAUCACGAUGGGAUGGCAAUACUGCGCCGGGAAAACUUUACCAGAAAGCCUACUUCAAACCGUCAGUGCUCUCGGCAGCUCAAAAUGUUGCAAAGGCAGCUGAGGCUGUGGGGUUAAGUGGACAUGAACUGGCGUUGCGAUGGACUAUCUACCAUUCAGCUCUGAGUCAGGAAUACGGAGAUGCUGUGCUUGUCGGUGCAUCGAGCUUGGCACAGCUGACUGAGAACUUGGAUGCAGUUGACGCGGGCCCACUGAGUGAAGAACUGGCUAGAUUGGUCAGCGAUGUAGGGGAGCUAGUCGCUGAUGAGGCCCCUCCAUACCAUAUUUAA